AUGGACACAAUGAAAUAUCCGAACGUGUCAGGAAACAACAUGGCAGUAAGCGGCAACGACUCUCAAGUGGACGAGGUCGACUCCAUAUUCACUUCAUCGUGUUGGCAAAGUUCGAACCAAAACGAUUUUAUCGAAAACAAUAAACUAAUUCUGGACAACACGAUCAGCAAUCUCGGCUCCGACAAACUUCUGCUCGAUUCCUCGCUGAGUCAAGACGAUAACGAAAUCGAAGCGAAAGUUUCCAUGGAAGAUGCGCUGGACGGUUUGCUUAACUCACAAUCGAUGAAUUUGGCGGAACUGAAGCCGUUACCCCCUUUUACCGGAUACACGGCAAAUCUAAGCAUCAACGGCAUUCCCGGGCAUCAUUAUCACACGAUCAGUCAACGCGUACCCGAAGAAAACAACAACUACAGCAACUACAACGAACAAAACAUCGUAUCCAGUUCGACGUGUAACAUAAACGUCGAUUCGGCGGGAGAGAAGACCUUAUACUCGGUCGAUGACGUUGUAAAAUUGGGUUUCGCCGACUGCGUCGAUCCAGAUUCCGUGUCUAGUGCUAUAAAGUACGAAGAUUGUACCCAAACCGUUUUGGAACCGGGCGCACAGAUCAAAACGGAAAUGGCGGAAUACGACAUUUCGUCGAUAGAAGACAUAGCCGCCAUCAUAGGAUCCGCAAUCGCUGACACUACGGUACCUAAUAACCCUGAAAGCGACGAUCCGACCUGUUCGAGGGACAGUUGGAUGGACAUCGACGCCUGGAUAGACGGGGCGUGUGGCGAGCAACCGAAAAGUGUCGUCAUAUCGCAGGACAGCAUCUCGGAAUUCCUAAUACCAAACAACAACAACGAGUUUUCAAGAACCCAAACAUCUGUCGAGUACAGUAGUAAAGGACCUCAAUCGGGGUCCACACUCCAAGGUCUACUUACGCACGGAAAUAUGCCCCUUUUGCAAUACAGAUUGCAGAACGGUCCUCCUAUCAAGCAGGAAAGUUCCAACACGUCCAAUUACACGGCGGAAAUUAUCUCAACCUCAAGCCCGCCAUCCAACGUCGUGUCGACGACGGAAAAUUUGCUUUUAACGGUAAACGGAAGGUUUAUGUCUCCUUACGGUGUGCACAAUCUAAACGAAAACCAUAGAAUACGAAGUCCGGAUAUGUUGGGUCAAAACUACCCACACACCACAACCAUAACGCCGUCCACUCCGAAAAAGCCCAGACGGCCACCGAAAAAACAGUCGGCCGCAAGUUCGACGAUUUUUUCGUCCGAUCAGACUUUGGGUUUGCUGGGAAAAGAAAAACCCGUCCAUCGGUGUAGUAUUUGCAACAGGGGAUUCUUAAACAAAAGCAACAUCAAAGUCCAUCUGAGGACUCACACGGGAGAAAAACCGUUCAGGUGCGAUACGUGUGCAAAAGCGUUUCGGCAAAAAGCCCAUUUGUUAAAGCACCAACAAAUUCACAAAAGGAUUGGAAGAGACUGAAAGUGUUCGUUACAAGACUAGACUAUACGCGAAAUUCAAGUUCAGUUAUCGUCCCAAUUUAAACAGAUCCCGUUCAUAUGCGAUGAAAUCCAGAUUGAAAACCUGCCUGAAAUGUUCAAGCCGUUAAAAUUAUUUC